AUGCGCGCUCUCGUCGCCGAAAAACUCGGCGAGGACGGGGCGACUGAGGCGUGGCGUAAUGUCGCCAUGACGCACGUUUAUCUAGAUGAUAUGAGCCAGUUCGCAACGGUUAAUGGCGUGUAUUCUAGAUACAUGCCGCCCGUCGCGCCCAGCGCCCGCGCGUGCGUCGCCACGUGCUUGCCCGGCGACGCCAAGGUUCAGAUUGAUUGCUUGUUCAUCCUC